CUGGGCCACCACCUCCCGCCGCGCAGUGCCUUCCCGGAGCGCGUCCUCGCCGCUGAACUUUCCAGAACAGCAGCCGCAGUAGCAGCAAUGGCUCCGCCUUGGGUGCCCGCCGUGGGCUUCACCCUGGUGCCCAGCCUGGGGGGCUUCCUGGGCUCUUACUACAUUCGCGGGGAGGGCCUCCGCUGGUACGCCAGCCUGCAGAAGCCCUCGUGGCAUCCGCCCCACUGGACGCUGGGCCCCGUCUGGGGCACCCUGUACUCGGCCAUGGGGUAUGGCUCUUACCUGGUCUGGAAAGAGCUGGGGGGCUUCUCGGAGGAGGCUGUGGUUCCCCUGGGGCUCUAUGCCGGACAGCUGGCCUUGAACUGGGCAUGGCCUCCACUCUUCUUUGGCACCCGACAAAUGGGCUGGGCCCUGGUGGACCUCCUGCUGACGGGUGGGCUGGCAGGAGCCACGGCUGUGGCCUGGCGUGGCGUGAGCCCCCUGGCCGCCCGCCUGCUCUACCCAUACGUGGCCUGGCUGGCCUUUGCGGCCGCGCUCAACUACCGUGUGUGGCAAGACAACCAUGGCCGGCGCAGUGGCCGAAGGCCCGCAGAGUGAGAGCGCCCCUCCUCCGAGGACUGUGGCCGCCCGCCGGUCAGGUGGUACCCGUGGUGGUGGCCCUAACCCUUCCGUGGCCACCAGGCCUGCAGGUGUCUCAGCCCGGGGGGGUCACCACCAGCUCCGGAAGUGCACCAGGCCGAGCUCCUGCCCCACGGAUGGCGUCCUGCGCCUUCUGCCCCUGCUCCAAGCAAGCUCUCAGACACGAAUGUCAUAAGCCAAAUAAAGUUUGUAGCCUCCUG